AUGCGUAUCCCAGUCUGUAGCCCGGAGCGUGCCUUCAGAUCCUGGGACAAGGCGAAGAAGGGCGGGACUGAAAACUGGCCAUGCGAUGUUCUAACGGGCAAGGAUACAUGUGGGGACUCAACGUUUGAGAACGAUACCAGUGGUGGAUCACCUUUGGUCGAAGACUGUCUUCAAAUCAUCAAGAAUAUUGAGGGAGACAUCGACGAUGAGUAUACCACUGAGAUUGUGACACAACGUGAGCUUCUCUGGUAUGGUACUUGUGCGUUUUGCGUGGAGGCUACCAAGGUGAACGGGAAUGCGAACUUUGUUGUUGACGGGCAGGAUGUGAUUGAUAUUAUCAAUGAGGCAGCCAAGCGAUUUGGGGAUAGUGAUGGCAGGGUGGGAGCGAAGGGUGAUAUGGAUUGCAAUGGCAACAUUAAGCAACAGCCAGUGAAGUGGGGUAUUUAUCAUACUUGA